CCAGCAAACAGGAACGACUGUCAACUUUCUCCCAGUGAAUACCAACAAACCCACCGGGCUCCAUGGGUAACAGCUACAGCUCUACAGGGCUAAACCGAGCCGUUUACAAGGUGUUAAAGAAAGCCAGGAGAAUUUCUCACAAGACGAUUGGGACAUGUCAGAAAGUUCUUCAGGUGUGAACACUCUCAGUGGCAGUUUUCCCAAAUCCCACUCGUCCCAGUACUCUGACCUUGGGGUUGCACGUACACCUCUCUCUGUGGAGCAGAGUUCUGAUUCUGGACUUGUAUCUACACCUCUUCCAUCAAGUCAGUUCCGGUUUGUGUCGUGGCAUCGGCUGGAGCAGUGUGAUGUCAGAGGUGACCAGCUGACCUGCCCCAGGGUCAGAGAAGGGCCAUCAGAAGAGGAGCUGUUUCAAAGGCAGGGGGAUGACAUCUGUUUGGAGAGAGGGAGGAGAAGGAGGAGGAGAGAAGAGGAAGGACAGAGAUGGGAGGAGAGACUGCAAGAGAAUUGGGAAAACUGUCUGGAGUUAAAUCUGUCCUACCAGGACUUGGGUGACCCCUUCCAGCAAGAGAAUUUCCUCCGGAUCCUCCGCCGGUUGAUCCGUGUGGAGAAACUACAACUUGUCGACAACUCCCUCACCAACCUGAGUUCUGUACGUCUGCCAAGGUGCAGAAUGCUAAACCUGCAGCGUAACCACCUGGUAUGUCUGCGUCAACUGCCAAAGCUCCCAGUAGUGGAGCACCUUUGUCUGUCUGAAAACGCCAUCAGCUCCCUUGGGGGACUAGGAGCUCUGGGGAACAGCCCACUCUGCUCCCUCAACUUGACCCGCAACCCAGUGACCUUCACUCAGGACUACCGUGCACGUGUUUUCCACUGUUUGCCAAAGCUAGAAGUCCUGGAUGGAAUCCCUAAGCUGCCAGAAGACUCUGAGCUCACCAGACCACAGUUCCCAGAAACCACCAGGAUGUGCAACAUUUUAUGACAUUCUUCAAUGGAUGUAUACAGAGUCAGCUCUCCCGAUCCUAAAGCACUUGAAGUGAUGACGAGGCUUCAGCAGAGCACUCUUCAGCACUAGCUGAAGGUUUCACAGAGCUAUUGAGUCAUUCACACACACUGUGUCACAACUGUUGCCGAAAAACACUUAGACCACACUGACAAUGCAGUCAUAGGAAAUGUGGUAAUGUGCUCCAAGGCCAUGAAAAAUGUUUUUUAUAUGUAGUAUGAACAUAAUUGGAUUGACACCCUUGU